AUGACGCAGUCUAGCACCAUCAAGGUUGGGUCGGGGAUGGUGGUCGUCUUGUUGAUGCUCGUCUCCUUCGGCAUAAACUCCGCCCAAGGCGGUUGCGUGUGUGUUGGGGACUUCACCUCCGGGAACUGCCAAGGCGAUCUAGUGGUUGACGGUGCCGAAGACAUCAGUUCGUGCAGCCUCCAGGCCACUGUGGUCUCCAUAACGGGAAGCCUGCUCAUCCAAGCCCCGGAUUCGAACCUCACCAGCGUGAACAAUGCUUUCAACAGUCUCCUGCGGGUCGCUGGCACCCUGUCCAUCGCUAGCCAAGGCCAGCUGCAGUCGGUCGACAACUCGUUCAUGGCUGUCCGGUCGGUUGGAGAUAUGAUCGUCAGCUGGAAUCAGCAGCUGGUCACUUUCAAUGCCUUUGCGGGCCUUCAGAGCAUCAACGACCUCCGCGUCGACUUCCACCCGUCUGUUGGACAAUGGGUGGGGUUCUCGCAGCUGACCACGGCCCGAUCGAUCGACUUCAACAACAAUGGGUUCACGUCGAUCACCAACUUCCCCGCGCUCCAGCGAGUCAACGGUACCUUUAGCAUCAACUAUAAUGGCAACGUGACGGAGAUGGCGAAUAUGUUGCCAUCUUUGACGACGGUUGGCACCCUGCGAUUCUCGGGCAACCCGCGCCUGCGCAGCCUCACCGGCAUCGGCGCCCUCCGCACGGCCUCCGGCGUCAUCCUCUCGUCGAGCCGCAACCUCACGACCAUCCCUCCGUUUGCCGGUCUCACCGACCUGACCUACGAUCUGUCCCUGUCGCGUCUGGGCAUCACCUCACUCACCGGCUUCCCGCUCCUCAAGGCCGUACCCAACUUCAUGCAGAUCGCGUACAACCAAAACCUCUUCCAGCUCGGCGGCUUCAACUCGCUGGCCUCCAUCAGCACCUUCCAUCUCGUGGGCAACGCUGUGCUGCGCCAGUUUGCCGAUUUCGGGGCCCUCACCAGCGUCACCAGGUUCAGCGCCGCGGACAACUCCGUACUGCGGGACUACCAUGGUCUCUGCCAAACCUUCAAGUCGCCCGUCAUCGUCAGCCUGCAACUGCCCGAGACGAUAAGACCGACCGGAUGCAAUGCGACGAUCAAGGCGUGGCCGCUGAAGACGGCCUGCGCGGGCCUCUGCAGCUGCCUCCGGUGCUUCCCGCCCUCGCUCGUCUCGGCCCAGUUCCGAUCGACCGGGCGGGCGGUCGACGUCACCUUCUCGGCGCCCACCAACCAGGCCGGCCUCUUCUCCACCUCGUGCUCCGCCAUCUGGUCCAACGCCUCCGACCUGUUUGGCGCCAAUGCUGUGUGCUCGUGGCAAACGGAUACGAAGAUGACAAUCUUCUUCCCCGAGGUGCCUCCGCUGCAGCCGGGGCAGAGCAUCAGCCUCAACUCGGCCGCGGGUGCCGUGCGGGCCCAGGGCGCGCUCGCCACGGAUCCGUUCGCUGUGGGCGCCGUCCAGGUGGCCGCGCCGGUCAAUCCCGUCGGCCCUGCUGCGCAGCUCGUAGUACCGGGCGUCAGCUCGUGCUCUCAGUCCAUCACCUUCGACGCCUCCGGCAGCCGAGCGAUCGGUAAUCCCACCUAUGCGUGGUCUUCGCCGGAUGGUGCGCUGGCUGGGCUCCUGUCAGGCAUCACCACCUCGAGGGCGACGAUCAGUCUCGCGUCGCUGCCUAAGGGCGUGGAGUACAGCGUGAGCGUGACGAUCGCCGAUCCAUUCUCGGGUCAGCAGGACUCGCGCACGCAGAACUUUACCAUCCCCGAGCGGCCAGUGCCCUUCGUCUCAAUCGGCACCGCCCAGCGGCCGAUCGUCGCCAGCCAGCCCAACACCAUCGCCGCAACGGCCUCCCACCCCUGCGCCCAGGCCGGUGAUUCGCUGUUGGCCUUCAGCUGGAGCCUGAGCCCCGACGCCGGUCUCGCGGUCAACACGCUGCAGUCGCUCAACCAGCGCGACCUGGUCCUGCCCGCCAACUUCCUUCCCGUCGGCCAGACGUUCUUGGCCACGCUCACGGUCUCGCUCUCGAGCGACUCGAGUCUCAACAGCUCGGCCAGCGUGCAGCUGGUGGUGCAGUCCCAGUCGAUCGUGGCCGACUUGGGCGGCUCGCUGCGCAUGAUCCCCUACACGUCCCACACAACGCUCGUCGCCAAGGUGCUCUCGGGCGGCGGCGGCCCGGCGGCCUACGCCUACAACUGGUCGUGCGCCAUGGCCGACGCCACCGCCGGCGAGUGCCCGAUCGCGGCCUAUCUUGCCGCGCAGUCCGGCGGCGCAGUGACCAUCGAGUCGCCGCUGCUCGAGGCCGGCGUGCCUGUGUUCGUGACCGUCACCAUCUCCCAGCCCGACGCCCAGCAGAGCGGCAGCGCAACCACGGCCAUCGUCCGCGCGUCGACGGAAAUCCCGGUGGUCACGCUGGCGGCGCCAGCGCGGGUCAACGUCAACCAGCCCAACGCCGUCACCAGCCAGGUCAACUCGACAUCGAGCGCCCUGACCUACAAGUGGGCGCUGCUGCAGGGUCCGCCCGGGUUCGCGCUCAACGCCUCCACGCUGGCCAGCGCGGCCACGCUCGACACGGCCAACCUGGUCGUACGCCGCGGCGCCCUGGCCGUCGGCCUCCAGUACACCGUGCAGCUGACCGUGACCGACGAGAACGGAUUCAUCGGAGUUGCACAGGCGACAAUGACCACCAACAUUCCGCCGGUCGAGGGUAGCUUCACCAGCGCGCCCGCAUCCGGCUUGGCAGCGACUACCCCCUUCGCGCUCCAAUUCGCCGGCUGGCUCGACCUGGACAGCCCGACCCUGAUCUACCCGCUGGCCUACAAGGUGUGGUACCAGCAGGCCGAUGCCGCGGUGAUCCUCUACGCCGGCGCCAGCCCGCACGUCGUCACCACGCUCCCGAUGGGCGACGCCGCCAACGGCUACGCGCUGACCCUCUACGCCUCGGUCACCGACAGUGACGGCGCUGAGACGAGGACGAGCAUCGACGUGGUGGUGAUGGCGCCGCCGGUGAGCUUCAACCUCACGACCGAGGCGAUCGGCCAGGCCGUGUCCGAGUCGCAGACCUCGGCCGACGCGCAGGCCUUCCUGGGCUCUGUGGCCAGCCUGCUGGGCGAUAGCCGCAGUAAGCGCUCGGCCGACGAGCUCAGGCUCCUGGGUGACGCACUGGUGGCCCAGGCCAUCGGCACCGGCCAGCGCCAGGACCUCACGCCCGGUGGUCUCUCGCGCACCACCUCCCUCUACUCGCUGCUCACCCAGCUCAACUUGAGCGAGGAGGCGAGCCUGCAGGCCCUGAACGCCACGCAGGAGAUGACCCGCCGCACACAGGAGCUGGGUGCCUCCGACGAGGACCUGAUGGCCUCCGUCGUCGGCGUGCUCAGCAACCUCCUGGUCAAGGCCGAGUCGCUCCGCCGCGACAAUAACUCCACGCUCCCGGUCAACUACGGCCUCGUGGCGCCCGAGGUACUGGGUCCGGCGGCGACGGUGGAGCUGAGCAAGGCCGUGUGCGGCCAGGACCUCGACCCCUACUCUGCGUCGUCCAUGUCCCUCUCCCUCUUCACCGGCUGCUGCGAGCGAAGCGUGCUGGCGGGCGCGGUCGAAGCCGACGGCGCGCGGGCCGUGUUCAAGGUCCCGUCGUCGCUCAACGCGCAGGCGGGAUUGUGCGCCGACUUCUUCAUGACUGCCUACGCGCGGUCGCCCUUCCCGCGUGCCGACGUGCCCACCGCCCUGAACGAGAAGAAGAAGCAGCUGGGCUCGCAGGUCUACGGCCUGGUCGCCCUCAACGCCAACGGCACCGCCGUGCCCGUGGCCAACCUCUCCCAGGAGAUCGUGAUCUCGCUGCCCGUGCUCGACACGGCCCAGUACUCGGGCGACAGCUCCGACUAUGAGUGUACGUUCCAGAAUGGCUUUGCAUUCCCUCCUUCGCUGGUGGACGUCCGCGUGCCUGACAUUCACUGGCACAUUCCGGAUACAGACGCCUGUGCAUUCCUGGACACGGAGGUCGAGGGCGCCGAGUGGAGUGGGCGCGGCUGUCGCUUCCUCGAUGCCGACACGACCGACGCCACGGGCCGCAUCGUGGUCCGCUGCGCCUGCAACCAUCUCACCGACUUUGGCCUCCUGAUGCGCGCGAAGCCGGGCUCGUCGGACGACGUGGCCCUGCCGGUGGCCGUCGCCGUGAGCGUGGCUGUGGCGGUCUGCGUGGUGCUGGUCGUGGCCGUGAUCGUCGUCGUGCUGGCCGUGCGCCGGCGCCGACGCAUGAACCGGGAGUUGAGCUCGCUGGCGUCUGCGGUCAACGUCGACGGCUACGAUCUGUACGACUCGGACCCCGACGAGCGACUCUAG